AUGGCGAAAAAAGUUACGAGAAAUAUUUCAAAGACAAGGCCCGAGGAAGAUGAAGAAAUAAAGCUUGAUUUAAUAAGUAUUGAAAAUGAGUUACUACGAGAAUCAACAAAUGAAUGGAAAGUUGGUACCAUCAAUGUAUCACGAAGACUUAGACAAUAUCAGAUAGAGGUACUUAAGAAGGCCAAGUCUAACGGAUUAAAGUGGAGUGACUUAUAUGAUAUGUUGGCAUUGUCUUCGGUGAUUGUUCUCAGCUCGCCUUGCCCUUACCCCGCUUAUAUUUUCACUCAUCAUGAAUGGCAGAUGAUUACACGUGAAAAUUCAUAUACUACAGUUGAUCCAGUACUACCGAUGGAAGUUUUAUUCUCUUUACAGAAUGUGUCGACUGAUUCCUUGGAAGGAAAGGCCUCUUUUCUAUCCCUUGGUGAUUUUGAAAUUAGCAGAGUUGUUUUUUGA